UUUUAUAUUCAGACUGACAUGGACAGUACGAAUGUUUCUGUAUCCAUUAUCGCUCAUUUUGGUAAAAAUGCAUAUGGGAGAAAAGUUUUAUAUGGUGCCAUUGAUAUUGGGGGUGAAAGGAAAAUGUGGAUUAGGGCUGGCUAUUGGUAAUGCUUUGCCAAUUCAAACUACUGAUCUCAAUGAGUAUGAUCAUAAUUCAAAUGCAACCCAUGAGGACUGCAAGACAACCAAGUGGAAGGGCUAACUGAAAGAGUUAAAGAUUAUGCAAUGGUUUGGCCUCCAAUGGUUAUCAUAACAAAUACAAGAUAUGAAUAUGAUGAAAAUAGCAAGGAACUUUCAUUCUCUCAUGCUUACUUAAUAUCACAAAUUAGCCUAUCCAUAGAAUAUUGAUUUCUAUUUAUUGACUUUUGAUUAUUGAGUGGAAUAAUUCUUGACUUGACAUAUAGUUCAUUGUAUCAUACAGAAUAUUAUUUUCUGUAGUCAAUAGGCAUGGGGAGUCAAGAACUGCUUGAACACUCCUAUGUUGCACACUUCAUAUGGCCCAAAAGGGCACUGGGGUAUGAGUUUUUUAUCUUUGAAAGUUCAGUAGUAGGUUAUUUAGAGGCUGUACGUUUCCAUAAGCUUUUAAAAGAGCAAAGAAAAGAUAGAGAUGCCUGGGAUUAGGAAAACAAACAAAAGGAAAGAGUUUCUUGGGGAUUGUUCUUGAGUUCCAUUGUAUCCAGUUGUGGUUGAUUAUGCUUCAGUUAAGAAUACAAAAUAUUGGAACUUCUGAAGUUAGGUAAGCAGAAGUCAAAUAGUUUCAAGUCCAUGUGUAAGUAUAAUAUCUUUAACCAAAAAAAUUAAAGCUCAAUUUACUUCAGUGCAGGAUAGCUGAAGGUGUUUUAUAAGAACACAGUAGUGAUUAAAGCUGAUGGGCCUAGAUGGCAAUUCAUCACAGCUGCCAUCAAGACCUCAUUAAGGGAUGCUACCUUUGAGAAAGAACUGGUUGUGGGUGAGGUUUAGAAGGUAGAGGAAGAAAACCUUAAGAAGCUUAAAGAAACCAGUAAGAUACAUCCUUUGAGAUGUAAGAAACAAAGAAAGAGCUAAGAAGGUCUUGGCAUGUUAGAAACAGAGAGAAAGAUCCAAGGGGGAGAAAGCAUAGAGGAAAGACACGACAGACUGUUCUAAUCAGAGGCAAAGCAAAUUUCUAAGUUCUCAAAAGAAAGAAUAGCCAGAGCAAGAAAAUACAACAUAGACACAGAUGACAAGGAAACUUCGAAUUCCAAACAAGGGCAACUACCGCAUGCUCACAUGCUACUCUCCUUUGGUUGGAUCAAGGGCAACUUCUUUGUUUUUUAUUUUUUAUUUUUGGUUUUUGAAUGUAGAAAGUUCUUAGCAUCUUUGUUGGACUAAAAAUAAACCUAAUGCACUGUCUGCUUUGUGUUAAAAAUUAAAAGGAAAAUUUUACG